AGCACAAGAAUUCUUGGCUUUGGUGAGGAGAAAUACUUUUCAUCAUCGCAAGAAAGAUUGUUUUUAACAGUAAGCAAAGAAGAUGUUCUUUUGGCAGUUUCUGAACAUGUUGGCGUUGCAGCUUGUGCCACGGAGCUCGUAUUUGACUACAAAUGUGAACAUUUUUUAUUCCAGUCCAAACGCACCCUGCCCAGUCAUUGAGUCAUUGACCACAAAGAAAAGAAGAGCUACGUCUCCAUCCCUCACUUUCUAUGGCAUCCAAAUAUAAAUGUUGGACAUGUCAAAGGUUGCACGGUUCUUUCACGUUUUCUAUACCUAUUUGUUAACAUCUUCAAUUUGUCCACAAGGAGUACUUCUGCUCUGCCCUGUGAGUUCUCCUCGUACAUAAAAGACCAGUCAUUCUCCUACUCCUAGCUGCUAGCCUUGCAAAUAUAUUUUUGUUUGCAAGAUUGGCCUUAUCAUAAAUUGUGCAAAAAUCGCCGUUUGUGAGCUUAGAAAUGGAUAAGAGAUUGAAGAAGGCUGCUGAGGAUGGAGAUGUCGACACGCUGUAUGCCUUACUCGCUCAGGAUCCAUACCUUUUGGAUCGAAUUGAUCAGAUUCCAAUUGUCGAGACUCCAUUACAUGUUGCUGCAAGCUUUGGGAGGACUCAUUUUGCUUUGGAAAUUGCUACCUUGAAGCCUUCGCUUGCACUGAAGCUGAACCAUAUUGGCCUUAGCCCCAUGCAUCUGGCUCUAGGAAACGGGUAUAUCCACACGGCAAGAGGGCUUAUAACAGUUGACCCUGAGCUAAUUCGGGUAAAAGGAAGGGAGAGGAUUACUCCUUUGCAUUAUGUAGCUGAAACAGAACAUGUCGAUCUCUUGGCUGAAUUUUUAUGGGUUUGUCCAGGGUCCGUUGAGGAUUUGACCGUUCGAUGUGAGACUGCUGUUCAUGUUGCUGUAAAAAAUCACAAGUCUAGAGCUGUUAAAGUCCUGGUUGGUUGGCUUCAGCGGGUCAACAAGGAAGAGAUUCUAAACUGGAAGGAUGAGGAUGGUAACACUGUCUUGCAUAUUGCAACCUCCACAAAUCAACCAAAGGUCAUGAAGUCAAUUAUUAGACACGUGAAUGUAAAUGCAAAGAACCUCCAAGAGUUGACAGCUAUGGACAUCUGCCUUCUAGAAGAAUUACAGCAGAAUGAAGUUGGGGAUAUUCUUCGCCAUGCCAAAGCUAAACGAGCUUCAUCUCUCGCUAACUUUACUAUAACCCUUGCGGAUUACCUGAGUCAGGAACUAUCGCUUCUUGAGAAAAGGGACAAGCACCUAGGACUCAAAGGCCAAAACCAAAGGAAAUCCCGCAGCAACAUCGGAAAUGUAAUACUUGUGGUGGCCAUAUUGAUUGCAACAGCAACUUACCAAUCUGGUCCCAGCCCUCCUGGUGGAUAUUGGCAAGAUGACUACGAUCCUCCAGCCAACAACACCAACAACCUCUCUGCCACCUACCUGGGGAAAGAAGGGCGACCACAUCGAGCAGGAGACAUGAUCAUGGACCCAGUGCAUAUCUUUUUCUUCUUCACUCUUAAUAGUAUAGCCUUUUAUGCAUCCGUUUCCACAAUUCUUAUAAUCAUAAUGGGGCUCCCUUACUCAAUCACGCUAUAUGUUUCUGCAUGUUUUUUCUUGUUAGCUUACUCGACUUCCUUGGCUAACAACUACCCUUAUACGCCACAGGAAAGUUUGACAAAUAAAGUUGCAGGCAUUAUAUAUGUGCAUGUAACUUACUUGUUCACAGGAAUGAUUAUUUUGGUCACUUUGGUGGCUUUCCUUCGGCAUAAGAGGCUGAAAUGGAGGUUAGAUUUUCUGAGAAGAAAUCUGGGUGAUGCUUUAUAAAGAUGAUGUGAACAGAGCGCCCAAUUUCGUUAAUAGAUUUUACCCCAUGAGGCUGCAAGUGAAGUCAACAGGAAAUUUGAUUUUACCGCUAUGAUUAGAACCUUUCAAUAAUUUUGCGUUGACUCUAUAUAGUAGUAGUAUAUAAACAAUUCAAUAGUAACAAUUUUAACAUUUUAUUUUUUUAAAGAUUCAA